UGAAGUACCAGUUCAAUGUAUUUCACACUGACAACAGCUCAGCGUUAAGACGACGAUCUGGGUGGAUGGCUGUCAACAUUUUCGACGGGGAUUUUUAAUGAUUUUCCAGCGAUUCUGAAAUGCCGGUGUAAAUUGAUUGACGAAUAUCUCUGAAGUGACGCUGGAGUGAGAUGUGCACGCACACAAGAUUCCUAAUGAGGUCACAAUCGAGCGCAGAGCACUGACUGCUGUCUGCAAAGCAGAAGCCUUUGUUUUUGGCUGUCAAAUUGUGGAUUGUCACGGCAGCACCAGACUACAUUCACCUGUACAAACUGAACAGCAGCUCACGUGUGGUUGUCGGACUGCUUCAGUCAGCAUGAAGCGGUUAAAGAGAAGACUGUCCAGCACGUUUCGUGCCAACUCGGUGAUUGAGGACUCACUAUCAGAACUCACAGAGAGUAUGAGUAUAGAGGAGAAUGGAAAUACAUGUAGCACGCGAGAAGACAUGGUGACGCAGAACGGCACACGGGGCUCCGACGGGGAGAGUGACCAGACAUCGGGAGCAUCAGAUGAAGCCUACACACCGGUACGACUCAGGCAAAGACCUCACAAUAGACUACAACGACGGUUUAGUGAAGACAUCUCCAAGCGGUUAUCGCUGCCGGCAGACAUGCGGUUGUCGGACCAGUUCCUGGAGAAGUACAGCCUCAGUCCGCCCUUCGAGAAGAUGAGCAGACGAUCGAGACGAACCUCCCUGUCUGAAAUAGGUUUUGGCAAGAUGGAGACGUACACCAAGUUAGACAAGCUGGGGGAGGGCACAUAUGCAACAGUAUUCAAGGGGCGGAGUCGGCUAACCGACAACCUGGUAGCGCUGAAGGAAAUCAGGCUAGAACAUGAGGAGGGUGCCCCCUGUACUGCAAUAAGAGAAGUGUCUCUGUUGAAGGGCCUCAAGCAUGCAAACAUAGUCACCCUUCACGACAUCGUCCACACGGAAAAAUCCCUCACACUAGUCUUUGAAUAUUUGGAAAGAGAUCUCAAACAGUACAUGGAUGACUGUGGCAGCAUCAUGAGCAUGAACAAUGUUAAGUUAUUUUUAUUUCAACUCCUCCGAGGCCUCCAAUACUGUCACAAGCGUCAGGUGCUACAUCGAGAUCUCAAACCACAAAAUCUACUCAUCAACGACAACGGCGAACUUAAACUAGCAGAUUUUGGGUUGGCCCGAGCAAAGUCCGUCCCCAGUAAGACGUUUUCCAAUGAGGUGGUCACCCUCUGGUAUCGGCCCCCUGAUGUAUUGCUAGGAAGCACUGAGUAUUCAACCUCCAUUGAUAUGUGGGGUGUUGGGUGCAUCUACUACGAGAUGGUCGCCGGUAGGCCCCUCUUCCCAGGCUCCACGGUGGAGGACGAGCUCCACCUGAUCUGGAAGGUCCUAGGCACGCCCACGGACGAGACGUGGCCGGGCAUCAGCUCCAACGAGGAGUUCCUCUCUUACAACUUCCACAGGUACCGGCGGGAACCGCUGGUCAACCACGCCCCGCGGCUGGACGCUGACGGCCAGAGCUUGUUAAGUAAACUCUUACAGUACCAAGGCAAGAACAGAAUAUCAGCCCACGAUGCAAUGCGUCAUCCUUUCUUCAACUGCUUCGGACCUCUUAUCGCAGACCUCGGUGAUGAGCAUUCAAUAUUUGAACUCACAGAAUGUAAAUUGGACAAAGACCCGGGUAUCCGAAGCUCGGCAGUAUCAGGACAAGAUAAUUGCAAGGAUCCAACCACAAAGCAUGCCUAUCCAAACUGUGGCAGGUCCCAUUCGUGGCAGACGGCAAAGCAUGGUGUACUGAGCACGUGACGAUGACCCCUGACCACGAUGACAUCAUCAUCAUUGAUUGGACAUGCAAGGACGCUCGUUUCCUACAAUGCCCCGCCCCUUUUUCUUAACACCUGCUGUCUGUGUAUAAGCAGGUGUCGGCACUUUGAGCCCCGUUUUUAUUACCACCCUCCCUGUAGAGGUAGUACGGUAGACAGUUUUUGUAAGUCUCACCACGCACCUGGCUUAAGAAGGUGAUAGAGGGCGCCCUUCAAAUACAAUACGGCAGCUGUAGGGGGCAGUCUUCAGUAGAACUGAUUGGCCAGUUAAAAGCGCAACUUGGUUGACUUCCAUAAGAAUGCUGAACUCCGAGUGGCGUGUUAAGAAAUUCAAGCAGUUGUCUUGUUUCGUGGGAUGGUCGACAUGCAAACAAUUCAGUUAAAUAUGACCGUGGUCUUUUAAGUUAAUUUGGAGAAUUCUGCUCAAGCACCUCUGAUCAUACACCCAGUAACUUGGGUGCUAGAAAUCCUUUUUCCUUUUUGAAUUUUGGUCUGGAUUGGUCAUCAUCGCAGUGCUCACUGCUUGAAACAAGAUCGUGAAAAACAACUAUGCAUAUCGGGGUAAAUCAAUGACUCUUUCGUGAAAGGAGACGCACUAUGACCGCAUUAGGGCCUGUAGCCACAAUGCAUCUUCAACCAUUUCACAAAACAGUAGUUUUUUGCUAUCUCUGCAUGCGGCGGAUUCAUUUUGUUUCAAGCAGUGUGCCUUGUGAUGGUGACAACUUGUCAAAUUUCAUCGAUUUGCAACACACAGAAUGAUUGUGAGUACCAUUGAAGCCCCAGUAGUUGGUCAAUAGGCAACUUAAGAGGUAUUCUUCACAUCUUUGUUACCGUUUUAACAGGAUAUGAGGCACAGUAUGAAAUAUAUAUUCACCUGGGGCACUAGUAUGACAAAACCAAAAUUUCAAAAAAAGGUUCUUGUUCUCCAGUUACUGGGUCUACCCUUUUCAAGGCAGAAGGCCAGUUAUUAUUGUUGCCUAUAAAGUGAGCUUUUCAAUUCGAGAUCUACCAAGCAACAGAAUAUUUGUUGGACAGGUGUGGUUCUCAUUAUAUGGCACUUUUAAGUCAAAGUAUUCUCUGCGUUCCUGCCCACUAGAGGGCGCCACACGCACCAUGCAACAAGGUUAAAGAUGACAUUUCACCAGUUACCAUUUACAGACAUUUAACGAUGGAUAUCAGGCAUAUGUAGGAUAAAAAUUACUUGUUAUUUCUGCUAAUUACAUGCUCAUCGCUGGAGAUACAUAAUCCCGCAGCCUGGAGAUACAUAAUCCCGCAGCGAUGGCAUUGCUGUACAAGAAAACAUUUGAUCAGAAAGAUGUCGCGAUAAAUGUUUAUCUUCACCAACAAAUAAGGUACAGAUGUACCGACAACUACAUAGACCCACUCACAAAUCCUUACACAUGAAUCCUGCGAGGCUUAGAACUCAGAGGAAGAAGUCAACCUGUUCCUUACUGAGCUCGAUGAUUUCUCCUUUUCUGAACACUUACGUAAGGCCCACAGCUAAUUGUUCAUAAAAAUAGCGGUGCAACUGUACACCUUACUUAGGUAUUAAGCAGUGCCUGACAAGCACAGACAACUGUCUCUGAUGUUUGUAGAGAAAUUGUGAGGCGACUAUUUUUUUCAUAUGCUUUUGAUGUCAAACUACAGAUAUCUUCUCCUCAGUAGUUUAUUAUUUUAUUAGUUUAUACAUUUGUUUUACAUUCCUCUGUUUUCUUUUGUUCUUAAAUUGCCCAGAUUUUUAGUGAUGUGUUACAUGUGGUCCCUCCAUAAAUGAAUGUUUUUAAGUAGACAAUUUUUUGUUAGUGUAAACUGAUGAUGAAACUGUUAUUUUAUAAUGCUCAGUAAUAUUCAGUUGAUUUGAACUCGGUGUGUAUUUUGGUCGUGAGUGAAGAGAAACUGCUCUCUCGUGUUGUUUCCUGAUACUGUGACAUCCAUGGAGUAAAGGAGAUUUUUUUAGGAAUUUAGUAGGCAAGUGCAACGAUUGUGGCUGUAUAGGGACAGUUAUACAUUUGAACCUUGUCUUUUUUUGGUUGUUUUGUUUGUAACUUAAUACCCCUGAAACCGAAACCUCACUUGCACAGCCCACCCCCUAAAUACCCCACCCCAGUUGAAUGUCAGUGUUUUACCCUUUCCAACAAGUUUUGUUGUAUAAUUUCUGAAUUAUUUCAUCCUCUAAAGCUGAUGUAAAGGUGAUGCUGACAAUCGCACUGUUCUGUGCCACAAGUUCACUGAAUUCUUUGAAAAAACAACACUAUUUCAUAUAUGCAAUAUAAUCAGUAGACGAAUUCCAACGAUUUAGUGAAUCAUAAACACUGCCCACUAUUUUCAGUGAUCCUGACUCCCCCCCCCCCCUUUGGCUCAUUGUAGCCUCGCCCACAAAGUAGUUGAUAUGAAUAAACACACUGAAAACUUUCUACCUGCGUAUAUCACAAAAUAAUCAAUUUCCAUCAAUACUGUAAUUAGUAUGUAUUAAUUGACUCCGUCGCUGUUUCAAUUUGAAAGAGUUUUUAAAGUUUGAGACUAGCAAGCCCUAUAUAUAUAUUUUUUUGAACCAAUGGAAAGAUUACUGUUAAAUCCCCUUUAACUAUUCUUGAAAUUUGCCUGGGUUUGCCCUAGAACUAUAUGAUAUCUCCGCAAUUUAAGAUAUAGUUAAUUACUAUAGGUAGAAUCUCUAGUUUAGUUAGAUUUAUUAUUGUGCAUUGUAAGCCAACACUUACAAUAAAUUAUUUAAUCCAAAUCACUACAACUCAUUUUCAACAAGCACAUAUAUUCUGUAGCUACUAUUUGCAGGGAUUCUUUUGUCCAAAGAAAAUUGUCAAAAUUAACCAAAUCACACAUAACUCUAGGUUUUCUUUUAUCCCCCCCCCCCCCACAGAAAAAAACAGAAACAUGUAUCUUUUAGCUUUUGAAUUAGUUUGAAAAUUAGGUAUAACUUUUCUCCAAAAGUUAGGUUCCUUUUGUAUCAGUAUUUUGUAAAGUUAGUUCCAUUGUGUCAUACCUCAAACUUAUCUGAGCUCCCUCUCCCCCUCAUGAAAACAAAAUUUGAAAUUCAGUCGCCUUGUUUGUCUUUUUUUUUUUUUUUUUUUUUUUAAUAUUAAGCGACAUAUGACAUUUCCCAAAUUUUUUUUGCGUAAUUGCCCAACAUUUUUGUAAAAGUCCAGUUGAAAAUUCACAGUCUUUUCCCCUACAAUGGCAAAGAUUGCCUUUUGUCUACUUAACAGAAGUGCUUUUUUAUCAAAUACCCCAUUUUUUUCCAUAAAUUCCCAUAAAAUGUUCUUAUAUUUUCCAUAAAUAUCCCCUCCCCCAAUUUUUCUUUUAGGUCCUUAAUGGAAAGUCAGUGAAUAAAAUACUUUUAGUUGACUUGACUUCUAUACAUGUAUCUAAGCUGACUUUGACAAUUUAGGGACUUACUCGACAACAAAUAUACAGGAACCUUGCAUCACAGUCACCAUCAUCAUGUUAUCAUACCUACCAUACAGAUAAGCAUAUUUAUGUGUACCACUGAAGAAAACCCCCCAGAUUAAGAGCAUGCAUCUACUUUUACUGUAUACUAACCGUUGAUGCCUUCCAACCACAUAAAUGUUAUUAUAAUGUACAUAAACUUAAUUAUUGUAACGAUACAUAUUUAAAUGUAAAGUAAAUAAAAACAAAAGAGUAA